AGCUGCAUUUUAAUCUCUAUGUUCCAUUUUGUAGGAUCGAGCUGAUGUAUCAAGAAGUACCGAGUAAGGACAUCACGGAAGCUACGAAAGACGGGAUCAAAGUUCGAGUUAUAGUCGGUGAGGCAUUGGGGACCAAGUCUGCAAUUUAUACCCUAACCCCAACAAUGCACUUGGAUUUCACUCUAGAACCGGGAGCUCACCUUCGACAGCCGAUUCCAGGAUCGUGGAAUGCCUUUGUUUAUGUGCUGGAAGGAGAGGGUAUCUUCGGUCGGUCGAAAUCAUCAUCGGUGAAUGCACAGCACCUCUUGCUCCUAGGACCUGGGGAUGGCUUGGAGGCGUGGAACAAAUCAUCUAAGUUGCUGAGGCUUAUUUUAGUAGGGGGUGAACCAUUGUGUGAACUUUUGGUGCAAUUCGGAUCUUUCGUGAUGAAUACUCAAGAAGAGAUCGACACAUUUUAGAAACGCAAAAGUCAUGAUUCACGACUUAAAACUCCAUCUCUCUUUACUUUUACUUCGCCUCCAGCCACCACAACCACCACUGGCUCAUACCUUUGAGAAACACAUUUUAGAAACACUGUCAUCGACACAUUUUAGAAACACAUUUUAGUGUUCGCCGGUUGCCUUCCGAGCUCAUACCUUUUCAAAUAAGCCAUCAA